CUUUCCGCUGCCGUUUCGCUUCUAGAUUCUCCGGAAAAAACCGUUUCGGCCGUUACGCCGCCGUCAAUCUCUCUCUCUCUCUCUCUCCUCCGCGGCCCAUGUCGACGGCGGAGAUGGAGCAACUGACCUCGGGGGCCAGCAACCGCAUCAUCCCGCUCCUCAAGGCUCUGCGGGCCUCUCUCUUAUUCGUCCACACCGUCUUCCUCUCGCUCCUCCUCUUCGUCCUCCCCCGCCGCCGCCGCUGCCUCUCGGAGUCGCUCUCCGAUUCGGCCGCCAAGAAGCGGAAAUCGGCGUGGCGGAGAGAGGAGGAGGACACUUUCAGACGGCGAGCUUUGGCCGAGGGCCUUCACACCGGUGGUGACGGCGACGGAGACUGCCGGUUCCGUCGCGACACCUUCUUGUUCUACGGUGUGAGGCAGAGCGCUUUGUUCUGCCGCUCCUGGUUUCCGGUCUCCGGUAAUCCAAGGGGAAUUGUGAUCAUCAUACAUGGGCUGAAUGAACACAGCGGAAGAUAUGCUGAUUUCGCUAGGCAACUAACCUCAUGCAACUUUGGGGUGUAUGCAAUGGACUGGAUAGGUCAUGGUGGCAGUGAUGGAUUGCAUGGAUAUGUUCCUUCACUUGACCAUGUUGUUGCUGAUACUGGGGAUUUCUUGGAGAAGAUUAGAUUAGAGAACCCUGGAGUACCAUGCUUCCUCUUUGGUCACUCAACUGGGGGAGCUGUGGUUUUGAAGGCGUCCACCUAUGCUAAAAUUGAAGAAAUGGUGGAAGGUAUAAUACUGACCUCUCCUGCUUUGCGUGUUAAGCCGGCACAUCCAAUUGUUGGGGCUGUGGCUCCACUUAUUUCUCUGGUCGCUCCCAAGUUCCAGUUUAAAGGUGCAAACAAAAGGGGAAUUCCAGUAUCAAGAGAUCCUGCAGCACUGGUGGCCAAGUACUCCGAUCCCCUGGUCUAUACAGGGCCAAUAAGGGUCAGAACAGGCUACGAGAUAUUGCGUAUCUCUGCUCACUUGAUGCGAAACUUUAAGUUUGUGACUGUACCCUUCUUUGUUCUUCAUGGGACUGCUGAUAGAGUGACGGAUCCUCUUGCCUCCCAUGAUCUGUAUAAAGAGGCAGCGUCCGAGUUCAAAGACAUCAAGCUCUAUGAUGGAUUCUUGCACGACCUCCUCUUUGAGCCUGAACGUGAAGAGAUCGCGCAGGAUAUAAUCGAUUGGAUGGAGAAGCGAUUAGGUGCUGUCCCUGAAGAUGUUACCAUCUUUGCAUAAAUUAUUUGCUCCACCCCAUUCCGGCAAAACAAAAGAACUGGACAGUUUUGAAGCAGUUAGGACAUAUACAUGCAUGUCGUUUUAGAUGUGAAAAAUUGUUUCAAAUUGCGUGUGGUUUGCUUAUCAUCAUCAAAAGUUGUAUUUAACAGACUGAAAUGUUCAUAGGGUAUAGAUUGCAAUCGGCAAAAAUGGCUUCAUUUCAUCUUGGAGCCUUGCCGAUGUAAAGAUGGUGAUAGGUGUGUUUAGAAAAGUGAAUGCUCGUGAACAAUAAAUUUGAACUUGCUG